UUCUUCUUUCUUAACUUACUGUGCAUAUAUCUCCAUCUCCAUUCGCGUUUUUUUAGAUUGCCGGUUUUAAGUAACUAAAACCAGUCCUUUCCAGUCCUUUGGGAAAAUUUACAUUGAAGCAAAUUUUACAAGCCUAUAAACGAUGGCCGUGUGCGAGAUGCUAGAGCUUUCGGUCUUGCAAAAAUGCGGAGAGAUUUUUUGCGAUACUUUGACGUCUUCAAAUGUGGAUGUGAGUUUUCAGUGCACUUUUUGCCGGAAAACUUUAAUGGAACUAAAUACAUUUUUGCUACAUUUACAAAUCGAACAUUGCAAACCGCCGAUAACUACAGAAGAGUUUCGUAUAGAAAGUGUAGAAGAAAUAAAAGAAGAAGAAGACACGGAAGAAGGGGAAAUUGAAGAUGCGGAAGAAUUUUUCUUCGAAACGGAAGAAGUGCUUUUUGAAGCGGCAGAUAUCCCCAUUGUAGGAGAAGAUGAUGUCAGCCAAUACGAGUUAGAUAAAGAUGAAGAAAUACCUAUUCCAUUGGAGCAUGUCUUGAAAAGCACCGAAAUUGAAAUGAAAAGUGGCUACAAUUCCAAAAAAAGUGUACGUUCUACAUCGCUGGCGGUGAAGCGUAAACGUCGGGAACACGGUUGUCCCUAUUGCGAUAGAAUAUUUAAGAGAGCCUGGGAUUUAAAGGACCACUUAAACACGCACGAUCGCCCAAAGCCUUUUAAGUGCGAAAUUUGUCCAGCGUCAUACUUUUACAAAUCAAAUCUUACAAAUCAUAUGACAUGCCAUAAAAUUUGUAAAAGUCGGAAGAAUCGAAGCCCGCAAAAACCAAAAGAACGUAAAUUAUGCCGCUUUUGUCCAAAGACUUUUACUACGACGACCCAUCGGCGCCGUCACGAACGCAUUCAUACUGGCGAGCGACCUUAUAUUUGCGAGAUCUGCGGCAGAAGUUUUGCUUCAUCUGCUGAAUUAAGUAGUCACCGCAGUUGUCGGCAUUUACAUGAACGAAAUUUUGUUUGCUAUAUAUGUGACAAACGUUUUAACCGACGUAGUCAACUGAACAUACAUAAAGCAAAUAUCCACAUUGCAAGGCCGGCCACUCAUAUAUGUACAAUCUGUAAAGCGGCUUUCAAACGGAUAACCGAAUUAAAAACCCAUAUUAAUGUUCAUAAAGUGAAAGUUUACAAAUGUACCGAGUGCAACAAAUUGUUCGCUCACCAUUCCGGUUUGUAUGUGCAUCAAAAAAUCCAUAAAAGACAAAGAGACGAAUGGCUAACAGAUUCAUCGGUGUAAAAAGCCUAGAAAUAAGAAAAUUUCGAUAGUGAACUAAUUUGAACUGGCCUUGCAUGUGUAACAUAAAAUAAUAAAGUUUUAUAGCCAUUUAAGCAAACAAUGGAAAAUUAAAAAACAUUCCAAGUGCAUGUCCUGCAAUUACUUCCUUACCUUAAUGGCUUUUCUCUUUUUGAUAGGACAUCCCACAUGAAACCCUUUUGCCACUGUUAUGCUCUACGCCACAAUAUCUAUUUUCUAAAGACGUUGAAAAUAUUGAAAAGCUCUAUUUCUUGCCGAAAUUUUCUACGAUUUAUUAUUUUUUAAUAGCGCCUUUCUUAGAAAUAUACUAAUUUUCCGCGAAGGAAGUAAACGAUAAUACACCACGUACACUAAGGCAUUAAUAAUAUAGCAUGACUUCAUUUUUCUCAACAAGCCAAGAGAGAGAUUGGCUUGACCAAUAGGAAGUGCAUACAUCGCGAGAACAAUCUCAAAUUAUUAUAUUUAAAAACUUUAUUAUUCAACAAGUAAAAUUGAUUAAAAAUACAUACUGUAAAUGGAUUAAUAGUUCAAAUAGUACCUACCUAGUCUAAAUAAUAUUUUACAAUUUUUCUAUUAUUGAUCAAGUUCAAGUAGAUAUGUUUUUUAUUUUUUUUUUUUAAGAAAGAAAAACAAAUUUUUUUAUGAUUAGAAUUAGGAGUGAGUUUGGAGUUGGAGUUGAUUGUGAUGGAGAAAAAGUCAUGCAGUGAAUGAUUGAGCAAAAUGCGGUCAUCUAUUAUUCAAUUUUAAAAGAAAAAAAGAAAGAAUUUCUAAAAUGAUUAUAAAGAAUCUUUCUCCCGUAUUCAAGCUAUUGUAAGGAUUCUUUCACCAGUACAAGUCGGUUGACAUUAGUUAUUAAACAUCAAAAAUAAGGAUUUUAAUAAAAAAUCAUCAAAAUAAAGGAAGUAAUAAAUAAAUGGUAUCGUCAAC